AUGGCUGCCGCCGCGACUCGCAAAGCACCCAACUGCUUCAACUUCUUGCGUCAGAUCAACAUCCUCAGCCGUGCUGGUGGUGGCACAGCCCAGAGUCAGUUGCAGGAAGAUUGGGAGAGUUCCAUGAAGGUUGCCAAAGCCUUCUCCAUCGGAGCCCAAGAAUCCAAAGCGAUCGUGAAUUUGGUUUCGAAGAUGCGGUCCGACGUCCGGACAGCCUUGCUGGAAGCAGUGAGGCAGAGAGGCAUGGCAAAACUGCUGACGCACGAGGCCAUCAGCAAGGACAUCUUCAAUAUCUCGUGGUCCAGCGCUGUGGGACCUGCUGCUGCUUGGGAGAAGCAACUCACGAACAAAACAAACAGUUCUGAGUUGUUAGUGCUGUUAUAUGACGUGACUGAGUUGAUGCUUCUGAUCCAGAGAAUGUGCGGCGAGUACGAUCAGAAUGUCCCUUCCAUGCGAAAGGCUUGGGGAUACCAGGUAGCCUUGGCACGGCACCAGGUGUGCGGAGCAUACCUGCACUUCAGGGCCUUGAUGGAGAAACGCAUCCCUGGAGGGAAAUGGAAGGAGGUGCAAACUUCCUUGGACUCCCAGUUUCAGUACGGCUUUCUCGAUGUAGACUUGAGCCACGUGCUUUGCAACGAAGUGCCCCCGGGCAGCCUGGAGUCCAUCAGCGCAUGCCGGCCCUACCUGCGGCAAGUCGAGAUAGCGGAGGACGAGAAGAAAAGUGCGGAAGCGGAGAAGAUGAAGAAACAGGUUCGGGAGGCCAGCUGUCAGCAGCUCAUGGCCCAGAUCGAGAAUGACAUGGCGCAGUUGCAUGGACGGGACAUGAACAAGCACAGGGCAGCGCGGGAAACAGCUUUGGAUGUCAAGUACAUUCGUGACCGGCAAGGACACCUGUUCGUCGAGAACUUCAUGAAGUCUUCGUGUCAACUUCUUCGUUUGGAGGAAGAUGCGGAUUUCGUGAAAUCCGCGAUCCUGAACAAGUAUGUCCUGGUGCUUCUGGAUUUCACCGUGUUUCCAGCCAACGGGCUUUACGUGAAGCAAGCGCUGGACGUUUGCUCCAACGUCCUUGCGCUUUCCCAAACGCAUGCUGCGCACGUGCAAUUGCCUUUGGUCCAAAAGCAAACGUCAACGGCGGCUGCGGUCAAGCAUCGCAGAAGCGUCGAGGAUCACUUCAUGAAGGCGAACGUGUCCCUGCGGGAUGGAGUGUCCCUGCUGUUCUCCAAAGACCUGGAUGCGACAGCUUCGGACCGUCGCGCCCUUUCCCAAUCAUGCGUGGCGUGCAUGUACGAGGACUUCAAGGAGUGCUCCUUUGUGAAGAGUGCAGCGGUCACGGAGGGUCGCAUCGGACCAGUGCCGUUGAUCCGGGUGAGUGAAUUCAUUGGCUACGAUGAUUUGCUGCGACCAGGGGCGGCGGCCCGUGUGGAACAGCAACUUAGUAAACAUAUAUUUGUUUGUUGA